GGGCAGAGAAUUGAUAACUCUCACUACUAAUUCUACCUUUCUAUAGUUGUAUCAUGUUGCGUUUGUUUAUUUUGAUAUAAGUAUCCGAAUAUGGACUCACGGUCAAAAUUCAAUUGCCAAGGAAAUUGGGAUUCAAAAUCUAUUAAGAAUUACUCUUCAUUGGAACAUAUUAAAAAGCAAUUGCAGCGCAGUAAUUGGUCAUAUCUUUGUCGACAUCCAGAAUUGAGAGCAAUAAUCCGUAUUUUUCUCCAUGAACUGAUCAACAAAACACCGGAAAAUAUCCAUGAAUUUUCGGCAGCUCUUUUUAAUAGUAACAACUCUCCUCUCCUUGUUACCAAAAUCAAUCAACAGCUGAAACGGGUCAAUGAGAACUUCAAGCAAAGUCAUUGGUCUCAAUAUGAUGGCGAAAUGUUUUUCUCGAAAACGGAUUCAACACAUUCUCUUCUUUCAAGAACCUCUAUUGGUACUGACGUGGAUAAUAUGCUUCGCUACGCGAUGAUUAUGAGAGAUCGAAAAUAAUGUUGUGGACUUGAUUUUAAAUGUUUAUUGUAAUAACUUUUUAAAUACAAAAUUUAAAAAAUACUUGUAUUUACUAAUAUACCACUUAAUCUAUAACAUUUGAUGGUUAUUCUUGUUGAAAUGUAGCACUUUGUGCGCGAAUGAAACAAUUGCAGAUGCUGGUUGUGUUGCAGCCAGAUCACAAAAUAUGUGGCAUUGAUUAUCUCUGCUUCCUGUGGAGGGGCGUGCUACAAAUGCAAAUAUGGAUUUAUUAAUGGUGCGUUCUAGGCCGUCAUCGAGGGCUAAAACUGUAUAAAAACGGUUAUCGGGAUCCAUU